AUGUCAACCACAACUCUCUCUCCAGCUUUCCAACAACUCGUGUGUGAAAUGAUCGCUGCCUGCGCCAAAAACGAUCCCAAUGCCUUUCUCUCCAGUUAUCAAACACUCCGACAACAACUCCAAUCCACUGUUUGUGAACAACCAUCCUCCGAGAUUUCCGAGAAUCCAUCCAAUUUGUCGGAAUCAAAAAUUGUUCAAGAUUCCACUUUUGAUCACAACCAUGUCGUGGAUGAAGAACAAUUGACAAAUUCCAAAACUAAAGUUUCAAAAAGAUACACAAAAUUGAGAAAACAAUUGAAGGCUUGUGAGAAUUUUAAGGAUAAUUAUUUUGUGUUUAGUACAACAACGACAAAAGAUUCACAUGGAAAGAAGAAGAGAAAUGCUACCAAGAAGAGAAGCAAGGAAGGUGAAGAAUCUUCAUCCAGUGGCAGUGAACAAGAAUCCUCUCCAAAUUUGACAACUGACAGCAAAAAGCGAAAAGUGACUGAAAUUCCAACAGACCAGUCUUCCUCCUUGGAAACAACAUCUUCACUCACAAUGGACUCUUCCUUCGAUCAACAAUAUCAACAAUUAAUGAAUACCUGGGUUGCUCAACAGUGUAUGAAUUCGUCAGUGACUGCCACUCAAGAGUCAGCUGUCACUCAUCCACAAAAUUUUGAAAUUUUAGAAGAACAAGCAGUUCCAGAUUUCUUUUCAAACACCUUGGAAUUAGAUUCACUUUUCAACAACCCAACAACAGAUUUGGAUCUUUCGAAUAAUUUCACGUCCUCUUCUCUGAUCAAUCUUCCAGAAACAAGCUUCGAAUUUGACUUGUUCUCAGAAUUACUGUAA